AUGGCCGAAAACAAUCCUCCUGGUGUCAUCCACGCCGACCCCAAUGAGACCGGAGUCUACGAGAUUGAAAGUUUGUGCAUGAACUGUCGCGAUAAUGGCGUUACCAGGAUCCUCCCUAUCAAAAUUCCUUUCUUCAAAGAGAUCUUACUUGAAUCCUUUUCGUGCGACCACUGUGGAUGGAGAAAUAACACGGUCAAGAGCGCGGGGCAAAUCCAAGAGAAGGGUUCCAGAUACACUUUCAAACUAGAAGAGACCAAGGACUUCCAAAGACAAGUCGUACGAAGCGACACCGGUAUCUUCCGUCUCGAAGACCUCGACCUUGAAAUGCCCUCAGCACCCGGCCAAUUCACCAACCUGGAAAGCAUGCUAUCGAAGAUUCAGACAGAUCUAGCCUACGAUCAGCCUGCAAGGAAAGAGACCAACCCCGACCUUUACAAGGCCCUUGAAGGAAUCAUCCAGAAACUCACCAGAAUGCUCGAGGGUACCGCGUUUCCCUUUACCGUCUCUCUUGACGAUAUCUCUGGGAAUUCCUUCAUAGAGCCUUCUCCAGCAGAUAAGGAUUCCAAGUAUAGUCGACAUGACUACCUCCGGAGUCAUGCGCAAAAUGUUCAGCUGGGCCUGGCGACCGAGGACGAUACCACGGAUACCAACGGUGGAGGAAUGGAAGGUGUUGAUGUUGUUGACAAUGAGAUAUACGAAUUGCAUUCUGAAUGUCCGGCAUGCUCGAAGCCAUGCACCGUCAAUAUGAAAAGAACCAACAUCCCGCAUUUCAAGGAAGUCAUCUUAAUUGCCACUGUAUGCGAUCACUGCGGGUACCGAACUAGCGAUGUCAAAACUGGCGGGGCCAUUCCAGAAAAAGGAAAACGAAUCACGCUCGCAAUCAGAACCUUGGAAGACAUGUCUAGGGACAUUCUAAAGUCGGAAUCUUGUGCCCUGCGAAGUGCCGACCUGGGCCUAGAAGUUCAACCCGGCACGCUGGGCGGUCGCUUCACCACAGUUGAGGGCCUACUUACUCAGGUGCGGGAUCAAUUACACGGACAAAUAUUUAACAUGGGAGACGAGGACCUGUCCGGAGGAGACUCGAUGACCUCCGACACCAAAGGAAGAUGGGAUCAUUUCUUCAAUACCCUUGAUCGUGCCAUCAAGGCCGAGUUUUCCUACUCGAUCACACUUGAAGAUCCCUUGGCGAAUUCCUUUGUCCAGAAGAACGUGGAUGAAGGCGAAGACCCUCAGAUAACCACGGAGGAAUAUGAGAGGACCGAGGAGGAGAUCGAUGAUCUCGGUCUCAAAGAAAUGAAGACUGAGGGCUACGAGGAGGAAGCCGCCAUUCAUCAAUGA